GAAGUCAUGCACAGCACAGGGUUGACCUAAGUGUAAACCAGUUAAAUGUGAGGGGGCAACGCAGUUGUCUAUGGAAUGCCUCAGAGUGAAACCAUCUGAUCAUGAAUCUGCUUUACUGGGUCACCUCAUCAGUCUGCCUUCUUCUCUGCCUGAUAGUCUGUUCAUGCAGAGCCAUUCUUGUGACCGGCUUUUACGGUCAAGAUGUCACUCUGCCAUGCAAAUACGACUCCAAAUAUCAUGGGAAAUGUGAGAUAUGCUGGUUGAAAGGCGACAUACCAGUAAGUGGAUGUGGUGCUGAAAUUCUUGCAACAAAUGGAGACAAAGUAGACAGAAGAACAUCAAGCCGAUAUACACUAAAAGGAGACAUACAGAAGGGAGAUGUGUCUUUGACAAUCGUCAGCACCACCACAGACGACUCUGGAAAGUAUGGCUGUCGAGUGCAUGUGCCUGGAUGGUUCAAUGAUAAAAAAUAUGUAGUAAACUUACAACUUGUAGAAGCACCUGCGCCAAAACCAACAACACCAGUAAAUUCUUUACUAUCACGUAUCACUGAGAUUUCAAGCGAAGAACCAUGGCUGUCUGUAUCCACAAGAGAGGUUCCAAAACCUGUGAACUCAGCAAAUUUCUCCAACACAUCCCUUCCUGUGCACAAUAAAAACGUAAUUGAUUCAACAUACGAUAUGCUUCCUGGCAUUGUGGUGUCAGCUCUACUGCUGCUAUUAUUGGGACCUCUUGCUGUUUACUUUAUGUGGAAACAAAAGAGAAAAAGCCGAGGCACACUAGAAACAGCCCACUUACAUCCUUCUGUGAUAUACGGCAACGUGAACAGCACUGUGGGCAUCCUCAACAGGGAGAUGGCAGUGGAGAAUGUCUAUCAAUUAGAUACUGAGAACGAAUAUGAACGGUGGUCGUGAUAAUUCAUGAUCAUGAUAACUCAUGAUAUUCAAUAAUGCUACACUGUACUUGGUUUAACUAAUGAGUUAUGAAAAGCUUCAAGUAAUGUUAAGUUAUGUCACAUUUGUGACUAUAUAAUAUUAAAUACAUUUUUUCUUUGGACUCACUUUAGUGGCAUUAUAGGCCCCAAAAAGCUUCAUAAACGGUCAAUAUGUUUUACCUUUCUCUUCCAGGUAGUCCUCAUAAAUUUCCAAACAUGCUUUGUGAUGCAAUAGUCUUACAUAAUAUGAUAUUGCUCUUUCUGUGGUCAUUACAUUUUAACAGUGAAAUAUGAGAGUUAUAUUAAUGUUCUAGUAAUAGAGUUAUAUUAAUGUUAUAGUAAUAUUCUGUUGCUCUUGUGAAUAUUUUUAUACAUAAUCAAAUCUUGCUGAACAUCUCAAAUAAGAUAUUUUAUUGGCAGCAUUCGUCAUUCAAUUACAAAUUCAUGUAUUUGAUUUCAGAUUUACUACUAUUUUGCUAUUAUCUGUAUUUUAUAUAAAACUCAGAAGGAAUGAGUGUAUACACUGAUCAUUUUGAAGAGUAAAUAAAUGGCUAUACUGAU